CGCUGCUUUCGUUCAACACUUCAAUACACUCGACUUCUGCAGAACCCAAAAAACAUGGGAGGUGGUGCUAGAUAUCCAUACCCGAAGCAUGUGUGGUCCCCUGCUGGUGGCUGGUGGGCCCGUCCUGCGAAUUGGCGGAGUAACACGUUCAUAACUUUUGCUGGUAUGUUUGCCAUUGCGUACGGAGUCUGGACUGUCAGUGCAGAUCGUGAGGUCAGACACAUUCAACCUGACCGACCGAUUCCGUCUAUGAUGUGGGCAAAACAGUACAAGGACCAGUCUCGCGAGAGCUAGGACGGGUAGCUGGGAGUGUAUGUUUUAAUAAGACGGAUCAUCUUGUCCCAUUCGGUUAUAUCCUUCAUCAUAUAUAUAUUGCCAGCCCUACCUGACCCUCUCAAUUUUGCGUCUUUUGGGACUGUCGACUGAACUGGCCAGGGGGAAACAUGAAAUGCUCCCUGAUAUUCCAGAGCGGUGCCGAAAGGGUGCGUUACUGUAUUCCGGGUCUAGAACUUGUUCAGAAUGCCAUUGUACAUAUUGACA